CAAAACCAUCACCGGAUAAUCCACCACCGGAUAAUCCAAAACCAUCACCGGAUAAUCCACAACCAUCACCAGAUAAUCCACAACCAUCACCAGAUAAUCCACAACCAUCACCAGACAAUCCACCAUCACCACCACCGGAUAAUCCAAAACCAUCAUCGGAUAAUCGUAAUCAUCAUUUUAUUUUCUUCAUUUUUAUUUCUUGA